CAGGUUACUUACAGACAGCUGUAGAAGAAAAAUAAUUGUGAUGCUUUACGUUUGAACAAUGGCGAUGAAUGAUAGCGUUAAUAUCUUGAAUUCUGCUUAUCUGGCGGUGGAAUAUAUCGACUCUUUCUUGCCCGACAAUCCCUUGCAGCAACCGUUUAAAAAUGCCUGGAAUUACAUGCUGGAUAACUACACCAAGUUCCAGAUUGCAACUUGGGGAUCACUUAUAAUUCAUGAAGCUUCAUACUUCUUGAUCUGUGUACCUGGAUUUGUCUUUCAGUUUAUACCGUACAUGCAAAAGUAUAAAAUUCAGCAGGACAAACCAGAAACAUGGGAAAAACAGUGGAAGUGUUUCAAAACGCUCCUCUUCAAUCACUUUUUCAUUCAGCUGCCUCUGAUCUGUGGGACCUAUUACUUCACAGAGUAUUUUAAUAUCCCGUAUGGAUGGGAGGAGAUGCCUAGAUGGUAUGUUCUGCUUGCCCAGUGCUUUGGAUGUGCAGUGAUUGAGGAUGCCUGGCACUAUUUCCUGCACAGACUGCUGCAUCACAAGAGAAUAUACAAGUAUAUCCAUAAGGUUCACCAUGAGUUUAUUGCUCCAUUUGGAAUGCAAGCAGAAUAUGCGCAUCCUCUGGAAACACUUAUCCUUGGAGCUGGCUUUUUUAUCGGAAUUGUUGUUUUCUGUAACCAUGUGAUUCUUCUAUGGGCAUGGGUGAUAUGUCGCUUGAUAGAAACCAUUGAUGUACACAGUGUGUACGAUGUUCCGCUGAACCCUCUUCAUUUGGUGCCUUUCUAUGCUGGGGCCCGUUUUCAUGAUUUCCACCACAUGAACUUUAUCGGCAAUUACGCGUCAACCUUCACGUGGUGGGACAGACUCUUUGGUACAGACUCUCAAUUCAUUGCCCAUAAAGAAAAAGAGAAGAAGGAACAACUGCUAAUGAAGAAGGCUAACUAAAUUUCCAGUGUAAAAAUUCUGAAGCUAAUACUGGUAGUCAGCUUUUGCUUUUCUGUAAAGCAAAACAACGAUUGGGUGUUAAGCAUAAGUCUUGUUCCUUGGCUAUGAAGCGGUAAGUAGGGAAAAACAGCUAAUUAUACUGCAGUAUCUUUCUAAUGGGAAUGCAUUCUCUUUUAUAUGUAAGUACUGCAUAUAUUUUGACUACAGAUUUAAAGAUGAUGAAAAAAACCAGAUAUGACUUGUGUCUGUGGGUUUUUUUAUUUGGAAAA